AUGGACAUUGACGCUGGCGCUGACGACUUUUUUGCUGCACUGGACAAUGGCGGAGGUGACGACGUCUUUGCUGGCUUUGGAGGUGCGGCCACAGCUGUCACAAGCACGGGCACCGGCCUUUCUUUGGACGAUCAACCUCUUGUUACGGUUGACAAGAAGAAAAAGGCUGAAGCAGCCAAGAAAGCUGCAAGGAGAGAAGCAGCAGCUCGUGUGGCUGCAGCCAAGGCUGCUCGACAAGCAGAUGAACCAGCGCUGCCAAUGGAGGAGCGGAUCGUGAAUUUACUGGUGCCGGAACUUAAAGUAGAUGACGUGAUGCUGUUGAUUCGGAAGAUGAAGCAGGCGGGCAAGUCGGAUGCGGAUGAGUUCUCAGAGCUCGAUGCAGAGCAGAAAACAGCUCCGAGGUUUCGAUGCGAGACAUGCGGGAACACUGAGCAGAACAAUUUCAUCACUGACUAUGCGCGUGGUGACACGAUCUGCAACGGGAUGGAUGGCAAUGGAUGUGGUACGGUGGUUCAGGACCACAUUGUGCACGAAGGCAGCGCGUACCGUAAGUUUGAGGGCGAAGAAGACAAGUCCCACCACGGACCUGCACCGAAUAAGUUGUUCUCGACGGGACACAACUUGCGGACGCUGAUUUCGCAGGAUGGCGAAAUGGCUGGUAAUUUAAGACGGGCUGCAGAGUUCGUCGAGAUGAACCUUAGUCAGAUGGGUAAGGAUGAACGUCGGACGCGUAUUGGCUACAAGGACCAGAUGAAACAAAAAGCGUGUCGCCUGAUUGAUCACACGAUGAGCAACUUGGACUUGCACGAGAUCGUGAGCAGCCGCGCCAAGAAGAUGUUUGCUGAAUUUCGUGACGUUCGUGAGCACGUGCACCAGUUUGAUGCGAUGGUGGCAGGCUGUGUCAUUGCAGCUUACAUGGAGACAAGUAAAGAGAUGUAUUCUGCACAGAAUGGUAUACGCAUCGGUCAGCAUAAGCAAGCGGGCAUCGCAACUCUAGCGCUCUUACCGAACAAGGCUGUGGACGAGAAGAAGCUGCAUCCGUUUACGUGCUCGCUGUGUGAUAUGAAGUUCAAUGCCCGCCGUGGUAUGCAGUUUCACAAAUGCGCGGGCAAAGCUGAAGAGGAUCAAGCGAAGACGUCAAAUGGAGCCGACCUGAGACCCGUGGUGAUGCCGGAGCUUCUCCAGCCGAUCAUCGAGAUGAAAAACGGCAAGCGAUGGUUCAAGUGUCCCGUGUGCGCCCGCGCGUAUGGGAAAGAAGAGAACUUGUCCGAGCACAUGGUACGACACAAGAACCAGAUCAAGAAACGCAAGUACCACAUCGAAACAAGCACGAUUGACUCGACGCGUCUUGCCAAGACCACGAAGCUUGCGUCUGCCAAUCCUUCUGUACAGGUGAAUACGCACGAGCAAGUCAUGUUCCGCGGCGAAGGUCGACGGAUGUGGCUCCAGCACUUGACAGAACAAUAG